CUCUUUAUUUUUGCGCAAAGAAGAAGAAGAAGAUUUCGCGCUUCUCUCUCUCCCAUCGCCGCCCUUGCGCGCGCGUCGUCGCGCAAUCCGGAGAGGAGCAAGACAAGAAAGGGAGGAAUUUUUCUCUUCCGCGCUUCCCCUUUUGGGCCAUAUAAUCGCGUCGAGUAGUUUCGUCGCCCUUUGGGUGUGUGUGUGGAUUUUUUUGUUCUAGGGUAGAGGCAGCGGCAGCGUUUCUCGGCGGGCGUCGUCGCCAUCGAUGCUACUGCGCCACACCACAUGAGUCGCAAUCCUUUGGCGAGGAGGAGGAGGAGCGCUGCGUGAUGCCGCUCUACAAGAGGUCAGCAUUCCCGCUAGCUGAGGUCCCCGCGGACAUCAGUCCCAAUGAGGAGGUGUUCCAGGUGCGAUUCACAAAGGAGAUUUUCCGGGACUACCAGGAGUAUCUCAAUAGGAUGAAGUUAUACCGGCAAAAGGUCUGGACGUGCAAGGUGACCGGAAAGACCAAUCUAGAUUAUGAGCAAGCGCUCUCUUCUGAGAGCAAAGCCAGCGAGCUUGUGCAGAAUUUUCCCAAGGAGUUUAUCGGGCCUGUCCUUCGAAUGGUCCAAUUCAGUCCCUCCUGUGUUAGCGAUCUGGUGGACAGGAUCCACAAAAGGUUCAAGGACCAUUUUGUAGAGGGAGAGGUUCUAGACGGUGUCUGCGAUGGAUCCGUGCGCACAUGCAAAAUUCUUCGAGUGCUGGAGGAGAACCAGGAAUGCGAGCCCGACAAUUGCAGCUGCUCUUACGAGGUGGCGUUUAUAAAGAGCGACGGCAAGGUGAAAUGCACUGACAACAUAAACGUGCAAAGCCUCCGGCGGAAGAAGCAUCCCCUCACCAAGUGCUUGCUCAAGUCUUUCAUACGGGAGUCGGCGUUCAUUGGAGUGAGCAAGAAAUCCCGCUGGGCAGUGCAUGACAACCUUGCUCGUCUCCACAAUGUGGCCUUGCAUCCUACGAGUGAAGAGGAGAGCGCUGACGGCAGUGAUGUGAUGCAGCUUCGUGAGAUGUGCAAUGGUGGAUCUAAAGUACGCAACGGAGUGAAAAGGAAGAACUCGGACGAUGAUAGCGUGGAAAGCAAUGGAAACAAUAAGCGGAAGAAAAGUACAGAUGGGAGUAAACAAAAGUAUCCUAUCGAGGACAAGCUGUUGCCGCCACCUUCUGAACGCCCCGCUCCUUCUUCCGAGUUCUCAUUACCGGCUGAGUGCGUUGGCCAUUUGCUGAUGGUCUGGGACUUCUGCAGUGCCUUCGCCACGUCGUUGGAAAUCACGCAGUUCACGUUGGACGACUUCGAGGAGGCCUUGUGCAGCAAAGAAGAAGAAUGCCCGCUCCUUGAAGAAGUUCAUCAUGCUCUACUAAAGGCGAUACUCUCGAACACGAAUUUGUGCGAGAAGCUCCAGGUCAAAAGGAAGGAUAAAAAGGGAAAGCGCAAGCUGCAGAUUUUGCCGGAGACGUGGAAGGACGACCUCGCUGAUGUUCUUGAGCUCAUUGGCUCGGACAAGACAAAGCCGUACGCGUCUUCCAUAAGGCUGGGCGAUUAUUCGGAGUUAGAGCCUCUGGCCAGGCUAGAGAUAUUGCACGACUUGACCGAGCCGAGCGCCAGCUCCAUCGUUGUGAGGGGUCAGCUCGAUGAGCACAUCCCACGCAGGAAGGACAGCAAAAAGAAGCAAGCCUCGCCUGAGAUCGAGGACGAAGACGACGACGAGCCUCCGGUAGGAGAGCAUCUAGCGGGGACGAACGGGUCCUCCAAGCUACUCAAAUCAUUUAAAAGGAAAAAGAAACCCGUAGCCAAGAAGAAGCAAAAAGAGGACGCGGAUACUUCGAAAUGCCCGCUGAGGAACAUAUACUUAGGCGUAGACCGUGACUUCAACCGUUAUUGGUUUUUCCCCAGGGAGCCACGAAUCUUCAUAGAGAAUGAAGACUCCACAAAAUGGAGCUUCUAUAGUGACAAAGAAGAGUUUGAUGCGUUUUGCAGCUCCCUUAACUUGAAGGGAAUUAGGGAGAAAGAUUUGAAGGAGCAAAUAGAUCAGCAUUACGGCACAAUCUGCGUAACUUUUGAGGCAUACCAGGCAUCGUCCGACUCGGAGCAUGGCUCGGAGCAUGAUUCGGAGCAUGCGGAACAGUCGGAUUAAAACACUUCCCAUCUGUUUUUCCAAAGUGGAUGAAAUGAGAGAGAAGAGAGUACAGGAGUUCGGUGUAACAUUUUGGUCGAGAUAGCCAACAAAACUUCCAAGCCAGUUAUUACAAAAUUCUUUUUUCCUUCUCGA